CUUUUUUAUUUAUUUCAGUGCGAAGGCUAACAACUAAUGGCAUUCUACUUCAGGUUUUUCCACUUCAUGACCCAGACCAUUUAAAAAAACUUGGGCAGAUAUGGUACGAACAAUUAAAAAUUAGAUACCAACCUUUAGAUGAAAUUCGCUGUUAUUUUGGUGAAACACUUGCUUUCUAUUUUGCCUUUUUGGAAUAUAUCACAUUUGCUUUAAUUCCAAUGGCAGUCAUUGGGAUCCCUUAUUAUGUUUUUGAUUGGGAAGAUUAUGACAAGUAUGUGCUAUUUGCAGCAUUCAAUCUGCUGUGGUCUACUGUUAUCCUUGAACUCUGGAAACGAUCUUGUGCUGUUAUGGCUUACAGAUGGGGAACACUAAUGAUGAAGCGACAAUUUGAAGAACCAAGACCAGGAUUUCAUGGGGUUUUAGGUAUCAAUCCUGUCACUGGCAGAGAAGAACCAAUAUAUUCCAGUUUCAAAAGACAAUUGCGGAUUUAUUUUGUUUCAGUUCCAUUUGUGUGCCUUUGUCUCUGCUUUUCACUUCAAAUAAUGAUGAUUUAUUUUGACUUGGAAUUCCAAGCACGUUUAUAUUAUGAAGAGAACCAAAAUGAAUUAAGCGCCUUGAUAUUAUACAUGCCUAGCAUAAUUUAUGCUGUUGUGAUUGAAAUUCUAAAUCGAAUUUAUAGAUAUGCUGCAGAAUUCUUGACCUCAUGGGAAAACCAUAGAUUGGAGUCUUCAUAUCAGAAUCACUUAAUUUUGAAAGUCUUGGUGUUCAACUUCCUAAACUGUUUUGCCUCAUUAUUCUACAUUGCAUUUAUCUUAGUUGAUAUGAAACUUCUGAGACAGAGCUUGGCAACUUUACUAAUAACUUCACAAGUCCUUAAUCAGUUUGUGGAAGCUGCCCUGCCUUAUUGGCUCCAAAAGAGAAGGAAUAAAACAGUAGAGAAAAAGGUGAAAGCACUGCAGAUAGAUACUGACAUGUCUUUAUUUGAACAAGUUAAUCUGGAAAGAGGAAUGGAUACUUACUUGGGUACUUUUGAUGAUUAUUUGGAGUUGUUCUUACAGUUUGGUUAUGUGAGCCUUUUUUCGUGCGUUUACCCUUUGGCUGCUAUUUUUGCUGUGCUAAACAACAUCACUGAGAUGUAUUCCGAUGCCUUAAAAAUGUGCAGUGUUUUUAAACGCCCAUUUUCAGAGCCUGCUGCAAAUAUAGGUGUAUGGCAGAUGGCUUUUCAAACUAUGACUGUAAUCUCAGUUAUUACAAACUGUAUCCUAAUUGGCAUGUCACCACAAGUAAAUGCUCUCUUCCCAGAUUCAAAAUCUGAACUUAUCAUAAUUGUAGUGUUGGCAGAGCAUUUAGCCCUAGCAGUGAAGUUCCUUAUGUCCUAUGUGAUAGCUGACAAACCCCGUGAUAUUCAGAUAAAACUGGCAAGGCUAGAAUUUGUAUCUUUGGAAGCACUGAAACAGCAGCAAAUCAAAUUGGCUGCAGAGUCUCUAAAAGAAUCCUAGGAUGAUAAACUGAACAGUUGCAGAAAUGUAUUCCAUGCUCUAUUCAAUACAUUAUUAAGAACAAGAAAUACAGUGUACUUUCAUAUGAUUUCAAACUGUGAUAUUAAGGAUUUUAUCUUUAUUCAUCAUAAAAAUUUCAAUGUAAUUGUUUGGCAUAGUACAAUAUACUUGAUAGAAACUGAUUAAAGACAUUCUUAAAUUUUGUUAGAACUCAUAAUCAUUACUUUGCUUUGCAUUUUUUAAAGAUACAUGCUAAUUUAGUAAGCAUAACCAUAAAUAUGAACAUAUUCAUAUUCCUGUGGCAUCUUCAGGUUAAUAUUUUGUCACUUUUUGUAGAAGGCUUACUGUACACUCUGCAAUGAAGA